UGCGUGGGUGCGAAAGAAAACGUCACAGCGGGCGAAAUGGACGAGGACUGUCUAUUUGUCAAUGUAUUCAGUCCGUCUGCUGCAACUGAGGCCUCGAAACUCCCGGUCUGGGUGUUCAUCCAGGGAGGGGGAUACGCCCAAAACUCCAACGCAAAUUACAAUGGAACAACAGUAAUCCAAGAGUCCGGGCAUGGCAUUGUAUUUGUGACCCUAAACUAUCGCGUUGGUGCCCUUGGAUUCCUGUCAAGCGAGACAGUCAGGGAAAACGGUGAUCUGAAUGUCGGGCUUCUGGAUCAACGGAUGGCCUUGCGAUGGGUGCAAGAACAUAUAAGCAAGUUUGGAGGCGAUCCCGACCACGUUGUCAUUCAUGGUUGUUCUGCCGGGGCUGGUUCAGUUACAUAUCAUCUCGCGGCGUACGGAGGAAGAGACGACGACCUAUUCACAGGGGCGAUCGCCCAGUCCCCAUUUUGGCCGACUCAGAGGCGUGUCUCGGACACCGAGUGGCAAUUUAAUCGCUUCGUGAAAGACGCCGGAUGUGCCAAAGCGCCUGACGCAUUAGCCUGUCUUCGCUCCAUCGAUAUUAAAAAGCUCCAGGCCGCAAACAUUGAAUCGCCCUUCCCUGGAACUACUGAUAACCCUCUCACACGCUGGUAUUUCUUGCCUGUGAUUGACGAUGAUCUGAUCGUGGAUCGGUUAUACAAACUCUUCGACCGGGGGCAAUUCAUCAAAGUCCCUGUCAUGGUUGGCGACGACACCGACGAAGGCUCAUAUUUCGCAUUUAAUGCUUCCACCAAGGCUGAGAUGGCCCAAUUUUUCAAGAAUUACUAUCCGAACCUUAAGAAGCAUCAGCUGGAGACCAUAAACCUCGUGUAUAAGAAAUCGAUCGCUCUUCCUUACCACGCCGAAUACUUUUCCGCAGCGUCCGCAGCGUACGGAGACGCGACGUUCACCUGCCCGGGAAAUCACAUCGCAUCCACCAUCGCGAAGCACGUCUCUCCCCAGGAGAUCUGGAAUUACCGAGUCAACAUCCAAGACCUGGGCAACCUGGCACAGGGGAUCGGGGUUCCCCACACCAUGGAAAACCCGGCCAUUUUUGGUCCUGGGUCCAUUGGGGGUGGCCCGUCUUCCUUCGACACGUACAAUUCAGCCAUUGUACCGGUGAUUAUGGGAUAUUGGUUGAGCUUUGUACGGUCGCUGGACCCCAACCCUCAUCGAUACAUUGAUGCACCACGGUGGCACUCCUGGGGUAGUGGCGCUGGGCAGCGCAUGCGAUUGGAGACCAACGAUACUGCCAUGGAGCGGGUUCCGCGAGAAUCAAAGAAGAAAUGCGAGUUUUGGCAUCAUUUGGCUCCGGCGAUGGAGGUUUGAGCAGAAUGACAGAAGAGUGAGUCUGUUGAAGUGACUUGGAUGGACUGCCUUGGUGGAAGUGAAUUAAUUGCUUGACAGUCGAAAACAACGCGAGGCGGGUGUCUCAAUUGGGACUAGCGCAUCC